GUUUUUUUUUUUAGUGGAAACUUGGUUUUUUUUUAAUAAGAGGUUCUAAAAACUUUCAUUUUCUGUGUGAUGAGCAGUGAGUCUGUGGAAACACAGGAAGUCAGUACUGUACCUGUGAGAUGAAGUAGUGUUGACUUUACUGUACACAGUCAGAACGCAGUACAGAGUAAAGUGAACACAGAACCAAUGACCGGCUGCAUAUUCCCAUCAUGCUUUGUGGCUGUUGUGCGAUGUGCUGAUGGAAAAUGGUUUGUUUCAUAUCUUGUCCAGGCUUAGACAUAAAUGACCUCUAACCUCCUGAGUGUUAUGUACCGAGCCCCCCCCACCACCAGGAGAGAGGGGCAUGAUGACUCCUGACCCCUCCCCCUGUGCCUCUGUAGAUAAGAUGAACAAAAAUCCAGAGAAAUUAGUCUUUUCUCUUGACUCUGGUGACUGAGACCAGGAUCGGACCAUCGGCGACAGUCUGACUGAUCGGUGGACCAAACCACUUCCUGGUUUAGUCUCACCAUUUAAACUGGACUGAACAGGACGGGUUUACACUGAACCGAACCUGUCCCACCACUAAAACUGCUACAGCUCAUCUAGGACAGUCAGUCAAGCACAAUCAUUAAGUUUCAAACUAUAAGCGGUGACUGAAAUUGCAUUUAAACAGAAUUGUAUGUAGAAAAACGGCAGAUGUGCACCCUGCCGCCCAGUAGAGGGAAGCAGAGCGUCAUAGAGAAAACGAGGACGUCAUUUCAUUUCAAAAUCAGAAUCGGAAUCUGAAAUACUUAAUUGAUCCCCACGGGAAAAUGUUCGUGUUGGAGCUGCAAAACAAAACUUAAUGUGAGAAAUAUGUCGUUGUUUUUUUUUUAACAAACCGAAAAAAGAAAAAAAACAGUGUAUGAUCCCAAUUACAAGUAUAUACAGCAUCAAACCUAAAUUAAAAAAAACUACUUCUUUCUGUAAUGUUAUUUUCAGAUCCUCGUCUUUGUUCCACCGCUGUCGUAGACUUUGUGGCUGCAGCUGAUCUAUAGAGGAUCUGAGAAAGUGCAACCGGAAAUGCAAUGUGUAGUUUUAGCGUCCUCGCCUGCUAUUGGUUGAAAACACGACCAAACAAGCAGUCGUUUAUAGGUACCACAAAAAACACGAACUUUAACUGUUCGCGUCUGCUCGUGUCACCGUGAAAAGUGACGAUAUCAAAAGUGAGUACCUUUGCCAAAAACAAAUGUACAAUAGUUUACUGUGUACUUACAGUGUACUUUAUAUACGUGCGAACAAACGUCACUAACAAUUAUUUUCACAGUGACACUUUCUCAUAUUUAGCUCUGAUGUCCGUAGGCUGUGGUUUGUCUACAUGUUUAAAAAUAAUGUGUAUUUUUAUUGUGAGAUAUCAAACUUCCUGUGUUGUUCGGUGGUGUAGCUUUAAAUACAUCUGUAUAUGACAUUUAUUUUCACCUGGUACUAUUUUUUGUGUUUAGUUAGUUUCGGAAUGACGUCAUCGUUUUUUAAAAAAUGAGACGUUCUUCAUUUGUGUAGUUUUUUUGUUUCCAUUGUUUGACUGAAUCAUGGUUGAAGUUUUCACUGGUACUGAUUUGACGAGUUCCAAAAAAACCUCCAAAAGCAAACGUUUUUAACAGAGGCUUGAGAACAUGACGGUAACAUUUUUAUCAACAUAACAAACUACAUGGUUAGAAACGCUUCACUGCAAAACCGAGUCGUGUGACGUGUGUUUCUGAAAUAAAACACCAGGAGUUUUUAACGGACGAUGUCAGUUGUUCCGGUUCUUCAGAAUUCAGACCGUUAACGCCUUUCAGAGACUCUGGUACUCGAUAUUUAUAUCGCUGUUUUGUUUUUUAAUUAUUUUUAAGAUGAUUUUUUUUGUUAAUAUGUUGGUAUGACUGUGUAUUCUUUCAACAUAGUUUUUCCCGCCUUUAAGAGUAAUCUCUACUCUGUUCAGUGUAAAAGAAGAAAAUAAAACUACGACGAUAUUUUUACAGUUUUGUGUUUCAACAUAAAGUUCAAGAUUGAGUUAAUGAUUUCGCUAUACGUUUUUUUUUCUCUCAUGUUGAGGUUUUUCAGGUGAGAAUCAGUGGUGAUAAAAGCUCUACUUAACAGUGGGACCGUAAAUGUAACAUUAUUUUAUUUUGAAGCGGAAGUUCGCUCUUCUGUCUCUCUCUCGACCUGAGAAGUUCGACGAGGUCCUUUAUUUUGACAUGACACUUUACACCAUUCAGGAAACUUUUUGAAUCUAGUGAUUACUACACAUUUUACGCUUACGGUUGAAAUGUUAAUUCAAUUUAUUUGUUAUUGUGUUACGUCAGUGUUAUAUGUAAUUUCAAAACAACCCACGGAGCAAAUAUGGAGGCCGUACGAUGACGUAGGAGAAAAAAAACGUUUUUUGUUCUUUUUUUUAUUCUUAUCUUAAAAAUGUUAUCUUAACCGUACUCCUUUAAAAUAUAUCUUUGAUUUGUGGCGAAAACGGUAUCUGUCAGUUCGCCCUCAUUCUGAACAUUACUGUUGAUAUAUAAAUAAGAUCAAAUUUCAAAAAAAUAACUUUUAAUAGUUUAUGGACAAAGUGAUGGACAAAUUUGUCACUUGUCAAAAUAAAUGUGAGGAUUAGCGAUUGUUUCCAAACACCCACACACACAGACGGUGAGUCAAACAAGCGAGUACAUGAAGGCAGCAGGCAGCGAGCAGACAGGCAGGUUGGAGGAGAUCCUCCCUCCCGCUGGUAUGUUGUCAAACAGGUUGGUGAUGUGACGUGGGAUUGUUCAGGAAAAUUGCUCUAAACUCCGUUUGUGAGUGUGAGUGUGUGUGUGUCGACGCUUCCACAAACUUCGGCGUGAGUUUGCAGUCAUGUCUGUGAGGGUGUGAGUCGGAGCCGCCGUUCUCCCACAGAGCUUGGACGACAGGUGUGGUCUUCAAUGGCAGCCUGCUCACUGGUUUGGAUCCCGGUGCUGGUCCUGCUGCAGCUGAGCCGCUGUGCAGUCAUCUACAGACACCAGUCAGGGGAGCCGGUGUUGUUGGACGAGCAGUCGGCCGCCUCCUUCCUGUCGCGCACACUCCUCUACAACAGCUGGGACUUUGAGCUGGUGGUGCGAGAUGAUCUGGAGAGAGAGUGUCUGGAGGAGAUGUGCAGCCGUGAAGAGGCCAGAGAGGUGUUCGAGGACGAUCUCCAGACGGAAGCUUUCUGGACUGACUACGUCAACAGUCAUGCCUACGCUCCCAGAGUGGACGUGUCGGGUCUGGUGGCGGGAAUCGUGGCUGUGUUGGUGAUAGCCGUCAUCGCCGCCGUGCUGGGAAUCUACUGCUACAAGUCAAAGCAGAAGAGCGCUCGCAGAGCUCCGGUGAGGUUGGGAGCAGACGGUCGUCCAGCUGCGGAGGCGGUGCCACUGGCCGGGAUCCCUGCCCCGGGUCUGCCCAGCUACAACGAAGCUCUGGCCCGCAGUGGGCAGCACGAUGCCCCCCCACCGCCUUAUUCAGGGGGGGCGCCAUCAGAACCUGCUGAUCCAGGAGACAAUGAAUGAGCGAAACAGCUGAUUGUCUUCAACUGGCUGGAAAUGAAGUUUCUGUUUGAGUCACCGUGUUAUUUACACAAACACACACACACAAACACCUGACUCUUUAUUCAAACAUGUUUUUUUAAUUAUAGUUAAGUUAUGGCACAGACCAAAGCUGCACUAAUAAUAUCAUCAACAUCGUAAAAAUAAAGACAGAUUUUUUUUAGUUCAGAAUACAUUUACAUCUUAGGUUUUUCUUUGUGGUUAAUUAUCUUAGUAUAAUAGGACAGAAAAUGAAGUAACUUUUAACGGUCUAUGAUUUAGGAAUGAAAAUUCUCAAUUCUUUUAGGAGACGUGACAAUGUUUUGUGCUUUUUAUUCUAACAACUGUGUAAAUGUGUCUGUUUCAUAAAAUAAACCAGGUCAAACUGA